GUAGAAACAUCAGGUUGAUUGAACAGAGAAAAGAAAGAAACAAACCCCAUUAAUUUGGUGCACCCCAGACAAUUAACUGAACUCCCCUGUCCACUGCCAGAGUAACAUACACUGCCCCCUGCUCUUCCCACCCAGAAAUAUUGCAGCCCCUCCCUCCACAGCUGCUGCUCUCCAAAGCACCUCCUCCUGCCCAUAUCCCUGGCUGAAUCCUAUCCCCAUCAGCUUGCAGACAGAGCAGGCACAGAGACACUGAGCAAUACUUAAGUCUAGGUGAGUCCUCAUCCUGGGGAGAGAAAUUAACCAGAGAUAAUGUUCUAGAUAUGUCUUUUAUAUAUAUAUAUAUACAUAUACACCUUGUCACAGUGUUUAAAAACCCCAGCAAAUGAUUUUUAGGAAUCUUUCAUGAGAGCUCCUCUGUCAACACUGCCCUACAAGCAAUGGGUGGGAAUCAGCCUGGCUAGAAGGGAGACAGAGACAGCACAAUUUCCUGUCACGACCAAUAUAUUUGCUAAUAAUGCAUCUUGGCUUUCUCCUCCCAUGCUUCCACGGGGAUGGUGCAUUCCUUCCUCUCUGGCAGUGAUCCUUUGGGUCCCCCAGGUCCAGGCGGUGUGGGCCUGUGUCAGGUCCUGCCCCACCAGCUGUGUGUGCACCCAGGAGCGGAGCUGCUCCGUCCUCUGUGAUCGCGCCGGCCUGGGGCAGAUCCCUGCUCAGUUCCCUUGCGAAGCCACCUCUAUCAACCUGGACAAAAACAGCAUCAAGUUUCUCUCGGAGAGAGCCUUCGGGACCUUGCCUUCCCUCAAGUCCCUGUCACUCAACCACAACAACAUCUCCUUCAUCACCCCAGGGGCUUUCAAGGGGCUGCCCAGCUUGACUGAGCUGAAGAUGGCCCACAAUGAGUACAUUCGCUAUCUGCAUACUCGGACUUUCACUGCCCUCAGACGGCUGGUCAGGCUGGACCUGGCAGACUGCAACCUUUUCAACAUCCCAGACAGGAUCUUCAUUGAGCUGCAUGCACUGCAGGAGCUGUUCUGCUUCCAGAACAACUUCCGGAGGAUCCCGGGUGCCAUCAGGGGCAUGGAGAACCUGACCCACGUUUACCUGGAGAGAAACAGGAUUGAAGCGGUAGCCUAUAACUCCCUGCAGGGCCUGACCAAACUGAAAUACCUUAACCUGCAGGACAACAGGAUAAAUGUCAUUCACGAACGAGCUUUUAAGGGCUGCCAGAAGAUGGAGUACCUGUAUCUUAAUGACAACUGGCUCAGCGAGCUUCCAGAGAACUCCUUUGAUGGCCUGAGGUGCCUGAAGAUGCUCAACCUUGGGGGGAAUUUCCUCAGGAACGUUUCCAACACCUGGUUCAGGGACUUGGGGGAGCUGGAGGUCCUCUACCUGGAUCGCAACCGGAUCAACUACAUUGAGGAAGGGGCUUUUGAAAACCUCACCAGCCUGGUCGCCCUGCACUUGAACAGCAACAACCUGACGACCCUGCCCUUCUCCGUCUUCCAGCCGGUGUACUUUCUGGGGCGGCUGUACCUCUUCCGCAACCCUUGGGACUGCGACUGCCGCAUUGAGUGGCUGAAAGAGUGGAUGGAAAACUACAGGCUCGUCAGGGAUAUUCCCUGUGCCUCCCCCUCCUCAGUAGCUGGGAUUGACCUGAUGGACGUUCUCUACGAGAGAUCACCAGAAGGUUACUGUCUUGACCCGGUGGAGCUAAAUGUCACCUCCGAAGGCCCGACCCCAAGUGAAGAGCCUUGGUCUACCACAGAGAGCAAGUUCAACAGCCUUAUCUCUAAACUCUUGCUCCAGAUGGGCCUUCCCGAAGAGGUGGCAAACACAACUGAAGCUUUCAGUAACACCACACAGCUGGAAAGCCUGACUGAUGGGGUCUCUUCUGGGGUGGGGGGAAACAGUGUUGAAACAGCCUCCUCUUUUUGCCUCCCAGCACUCCUUACAGUGGCUGUUUUGCUGAUUAAUUAGUCUAAGGGCUGCCUGGAGCAUGGGUCCUGCUUGAGUGUUUAGUCCCUGUACCUUCCUAGUCAUUAGGGAAAAGUUCAUAUUGUGGGCCUUGAAUACGCACUUGGCUCCACAAAAUCCUGAGCGGGUUGGUUUGGAUCUGGCUGCACAUUCCUCUCAGAGCUGGUUGGAUCUGGUUCAAGGCUGAGUCCCAUGCUGAGUGAGAAACCUGCCCCAUGGGAUCUCAGAGCCUCCCGGACACUCGCAGAGCUGUGUUUGAAGGUGAGAAAUGAAUAGCACUGAGAUUGAGUUUUGUUUAGGGAUGUCCAGUGUCCCUUCUUGGGAGUAAAGGAGUCUGUGGGGAUGGUGUUGCUGUGCUGCUUAUUCUGUUGGUCCAACUCCAGCUGACCCAACUAUUGACUUUAUUAGAGCAAGAUGAGGCAGCAAAACUCUCUUCAUAUUCUGAUAGAGACUCAUGGCAGGUGAUGCUGAAGGCUGGAGAUUUCAACCAGCGUGUGUAGGGAAGAGGCUCUUUCUUGGGCAGUGUUCGGGGAUGUCUUCAUGAAUGAUCAUCAGGAAUGACCAUCAUCUGGGGAAGGUGCCUGCCUCAGGGAGGGGUCUGGGUUGGGCAUGGUGUUUUGGCCAUGACUACAGCCAGCAUAUUAAACCUUUCUCCCCCCUGGACAGGUGCAUGACAAUGAGACAGACCCAUUGUCAAAACAGUCUCUGGGGCAAAGAUACUUAACAGCUUACUUUUUAAUGUCAUUUUUAAUGUGGUUUUAUUUUUCAAUUAAUAUAUUGUUUCAAGGAAUAUAUAAUUUUUAUUUGUACAUUAUUUCAUGGCAGGACAGUGUAUGGUAAUAACAAAUGCAACCAGGCCCUACUAAAUAUUUUGUAUUUUCACCACUAAUAUAUACCACAUAGUGUGUUAUAUUAUGCUCUACUAACAAACUAUUUUCUUUUAUAUAGCACCUUACGUGUUUUAACUUUGAUAUCGUCAAUGAA